UUUACAACUCUCGAGUCUUGAAUCUUGAUAGAAUAAAUAUUUUGCUUCUAAAGAGAAGAAUAUACGACACCUUUGGUAAAGACUAGAAAUUACUGAUUAUAAAUUUAAAUUUAAAGUGUUUUUGACGUUUUUGUCAUUUUUGGGAAUUUCAGAAUUUACCUGUUUUUAUUAAUUCUAUAUUUAUAUUAAUUGUUGUUAUAAUUACUAUUUGUGAAAGUGUCUUACAAUAUGUUAUAAGCAUUAGUUGAAGUAUCAAAUAUUCUAAUUCCAAAAAAAUAGUUCAACAAUUACCAAAUCAAAAUGCCAAAAUUGGAAGUGGGAUGUAGAGUUGAGCUAACUGGAAAAAAUUUACAAGGAAAAAUUGCUUUUAUUGGACAGACACAAUUUGAAACAGGAACUUGGGUUGGCAUAAUUUUGGAUGAACCUAAAGGAAAAAACAAUGGUGUGGUCAAAAAUCGUCAAGGCAUCUCAAAAACUUAUUUUGAAUGUGAAGAAAAUCAUGGUAUAUUUGUACGACAAUCGCAUCUUACACUUAUUGAUGAAACAGGAGCACGUUUUGAUAUGUCUGCUAGCACAGAGUCUUUGGUCCCAAAAUCAUCGGUCAAGUCUCGAAUUAGCAGCCUGCGAAAAAAAAUUGAUACGAAUGCUUCUAGGCAGUCAUUAUCAGGUUCAAGUAGAUUAAGCUUGAUUGCCCCUAAAAAUAAAGAUGAUACUUCACCAGUUUCUCGUACUUCUUCUCAGUCAUCAUUGGUUGGUACAAGCCGUACACCAUCACAAUCAUCAAUUGCUCUUCCUUCUCGUACCUCAUCACAGUCUUCAAUGCCUGCUCCAUCACGUACAUUGUCACAAACAUCUCUUGCUGGAAUGGAUUUAACUCCUAAACGUUCUUCUUUUGUUGAGCGAACACCCAGCAGUGAAAAGACAAGUCGAAUGUCUAAACUUAUAUCUCCAAAAGUGAAAUCGGCUGUUAAAACGCCAAUGACAAAAUCAUUGACGUCAUUAAAAGAUGUGUCUAACUCUGAAACUGAAUUUGUUGAAGCCCUCAAACCACAUUAUACUCCUGGAUCUUCUGUUGCACAAAGUACAACCACCCCUACACAAAGACCAUCUUCAAAUAUGGCUGAUGCAAUUGAAAUCCAAAAUCUAAAGGAUCAAGUACAAGAUUAUACUGAAAAGUUGGACGUAGUCAAAACAAGGUUAAAAGAAAAGUCUCAUGAUAUUGAUAUGAUGAAAUUGCAGCUAGAUCAAGCAUCAGAAUUUAAAAUUAAAAUUAUGGAAUCUCAUUCAGCAUUAAAAAAAGAAUUAGAAAAAGUUAAAAUGGAGAAGCAAGAUGCAUUAGAAGGAAAAGACGAGUAUAAUGAAAUGGCGGAGACUUUAGAAAUGGCAACUCUUGAUAAAGAAAUGGCUGAGGUUAAAGCAGAAACCCUUCAAUUAGAAUUAGACCAAGCAAAAGAGCGCAUCGAGGAAUUAACAGUAGAUUUAGAACUCUUAAAGGCUGAGUUUGAGAAAGGAAAUGAAAGUGAAGAGGGAGGAGAUGGUGCCAAUUCUUUUAAAGUCAAGCAACUUGAACAACAAAAUUUACGCCUUAGAGAUACCCUUGUCAAAUUACGAGACUUAUCUGCCCAUGAAAAACACCAAACACAGAACUUACAAAGAGAUAUUGAAGAAAAGACCAAACAAUGUAAUGAUUUACAAAAGUCCAAUGAAAAGUUAACAGCUAGAGUUGAAGAACUUGUAUCUCAAGUUAAUGAUUUGCAUGAACAGGUGGAUGCAGCUUUAGGAGCAGAGGAAUUGGUUGAGCUUUUGGGCCAACAAAAAUUAAAUUUGGAAGAUAAAGUGGUAGAACUAGAGGAAGCAGUGACUGAUCUAGAAGCGAUACAAGAUAUUAAUGAUCAACUCCAAGAGGACAGUAGAGAGUUGGAAAUGCAAUUACGUGAAGAAUUGGAUAUGGCAAAUGCUAAUAUUAGAGAGUGUGUCAAAGAAAAAGAACGAGCAUUGGAAAGUUUAGCCGAUCGAAGUUUAGUUAUUGUAAAAUUUAGAGAUCUGGUUAAUGAACUACGAGAACAAAAUCAAGAUCUACAAACUCAGUUAAUGAGAGAAUCUGCAUCAAAAGAUGAAGUUCGGUCAUCAAUACCAGAAAUGCUUGACUUUAAGAAAAUGUUUGCUGAAACUAAAGCUCAUAGUCGAGCAAUUGAUUUGGAACUACGUAGAAUGGAAACUCAAGAAGCUCAGCAACAUAUACAGUAUUUAUUAGCAUAUAUGCCAGAUUCAUUCUUGUCUCUUGGAGGUGAUUAUGAUGCUAUACUAUCUCUCUUGUUAUUGCCACGCAUGAUUUGGAAGAGUGAAAUACUCAUGACACAUGUCCGUGAUAAAUAUCCUGAUGUUCAAGAAAUUACCAAAGAAACUCUUAUGAAAGAUCAUUCAGCAGAACAAUUUGCUACUCGUUCUCGUUUGUCAUUUUACUUAUACAGUUUGCAGACUGCAUUAAGACAAUUUGUUCAUGGAAUGAAUACAACAACACCAGAAACAUUAAUCAAAAUUGGUGAAUCAUACCCAGAUAUGACAAUUCAAGAAAAAGUAUUAAAUGGAUAUAUUGAAAUGUUGAAAAUUGAUCAGUUGGAUGAAAAUGUUAAUACUGAAAACUUGGAACGAUGUGUUGCUUACUUUAAACAUGUGUAUGCACCUCUUAUACAAGAUUUCAAUCCACAUUAUGAGCAUUUAUUAUUAGACAAUGUAUUGGUUUUGUCAGCAGCUUGUAAUACUAUUCAAACAGAUGCCAAUAUAAUAAAAUGUGUAAUCCAAUGUGAUAGUUCCUCUAAUGUUCUAAAAUUAUGUGAUGAUGUAUCAGUUGCUUGCGAAGUCAUAAGUCAACAUUUAAAACAAAUUAAAAAACGUGCAGAUGUCAACAGUAUUACAAAAGUAGAUUUGAGUUCUUGCAUACAGUAUGCAGAAAAAUUAAUAACUGUAUUGAGAGAGACUGCUAAAUGUGCCGUCAGUCAAAUCUCACUAGGUACAGAUGAUAAAAAAAUAAACAGUGACAGCAUUAUGCAAGUAAUGAAUAAUGCAGUUGAAAAAGUAUUUGAGAAAGAAGAUUCGAGCAAAGGAGUGACAAUAUGUUUGAAAAUGUGUAUUUCAACUCUUGCUGGAGAAAUUGCUAAUGCUGCUCAAGUUAUUCUAGAAGCUGACUUGACAUUACCAACUACUGAUAAAACUAAAAAUAUUCCACCUAUUACUGAACGGGCUAAACAAAUUAAAAGUGAACUAGAAGAAACUAAAGCUUUAAGAAAUACAAUUAAAUCUAAAGAAAAUGAUAUACUUGAAUUAAAAAUGGCUCUUCGGUCCAAACAAGAAGAAAUUGGUGAACUCAAUGUUAGAAAAGAAUUAGCCGAGAAAAAACUAUCUACAACGAUACACGAAUCAGAAAUGUCUAUCGAAAAACUACAGAGGAAAUUGGAUGAAACACAACAACAAUUAAAAAGAAAAUCAAAAGAAUAUGAAGAAACGAUGGAUCAUUUGCAAGCAGAUAUUGAUUCAUUGGAAACAGAAAAAGGAGAACUUAAAAAUAAACUUAAAAAUUUCUCAAAGAAAAUUCUUAUUGAGGGCAUAAACAAAUCUGCAUCAAUGACUGCUACUGGGAAUGAUAGUAAUAAACCAUACCAAGAAUCUCCAUUCUUACUUAAUGAAUUAAAGUUAACUAAAAUGGCAUUAAAACAUGAAAUAGAUCAAAGAGCCAAGCUUGAAAAUAAUUAUUGUGAACAAUUAUUUUCUCAAUUAAAACCAUUGCCUGUGCCUAGUGAACCGUCAGAUGAAGAAAAACAUAGAGUAGUUAAAUUAAAAAAAUUGGGCAAUGAAUUAUUAAACGAUUUCCAUAAAACAUUAACUAACAUAAAUGUUUUGGAUGUAACCAAACGUGUACCUGGAAGAAAACUUGCAUCUGAUGAGAAUAUAUCAGCUAAACAAGUUCUGGAUCAUAAUUUGAAAUGGAAACAAUUACAAAAAAGAUUGGAUGUUUUACAAGAUAACUAUAGCAAAGAGAUAAUUAAAAGACAAAAUUUUGGAUGUAUUGAAACAGAAAUGACCACUUUCCCAACUCCAGCUUUGAAAAAGGCAUUAGAGGAAGAAGAACCUGUAUUAGCUGCAGAGUUUGUAAUACCAAAACCUCCAAACUGGACUGGGCCAACAAAUAUAAAAGUUGAAAUGGACACUAAAGUCUUAGCUUCAUUACAAAAUAAAGUCACUAAUGCUGCUCAAAUAAAUCCACAUGUUCGUUACAAUUUUGCUUAUACAACUGAAGAACUACUUGGAACUAAUUAAAUAGCUGUAUUAGAAAUCAAGUUUGAGUAUAUUAUUUUUAUAUUAAAUAGAACAGAAUAUGAUAUUUAUAUUUUGUUUUAAUGUGAUACUUUACACUAACAACUUUCAUAUUUUGUAUCUUAUUUUAUAUUAUAAAUUAUUUAUUUGAUAACAUUAAUAUCAUAUUAAUAUUUGUAAACUAUACAUUUAAUUUUUAAGAAACUUAGUUUAAUUUCCAUACAUUUGUUAACUAAAAUAAAAAACCAUUUCAGUUGAUUCUGAUAACAGAUUUCUGUAAUAUUAAUGUGUUUAUCUAAUAAAGUAUCUCAUGAAUUUUUGUAUGCAGUUGUAAAAAUAUAAUAUUGGGCGUAUAAGAAAUA